AAUUGCGGAGUAUACAAAGCUAGAAACCAUGGAAAUAUGUGAUUGUUAUUGGACUACGAAGGGCAGCUCUGAAAUAUUUUUACGAUCACCAAUUCAACUCAAGAGCUUGACUUUUAGCAAAAAUACCAUCGGGGAUAAUACAUUUUUAGCCGCACUCAUCGAAAAAGCUGGAAAAAGCUUGUUAAACAUGUGCACUGAUGAGGUAUCCGAGAAAAUAAUGAUGACCUUAUCUCAAUUUUGUCCAAACAUAUCUAAAUUUACGUUAUUUUACGAGAAUGACUACAAAAUGUUUUUGUAUUAUCUAAAAGGGUCCAAGAUAAGCCAAUUAGUCAUUAAAUCUCACAUCAGUUCAGACGAAUUAUUAAAUGUUCUGGGCAAAUAUGUUCCUUCUAGCUUAGAAAAAAUAUUUCUUUGUUGCAAUUUUAUACCGGAAUAUCUCAGAAAAUUUUUACUAGACUAUAGUAUUCUAUCAUUAAAUACAUUGGAGGCUUUGUAUAUCAAGGACAUUGAGGAUCAUACUUAUGAUUAUCUUAAAGCAAUUGAGGAUUGUAUUAUGUGCAAUUCAUUGAAAGCUAUUGUGUUAGAAUUUUUGGUAUAUACAGACGAGGAAUUAGAUUUGGUUCAGAACAUCAGAAAGAAAGGAAUUAAUCUUAUUUUGCAAGAGACGGUUUAG